AUGUUGAUGGAAGUACCUGAGAGCCAACGAGCCGACGCGGCGAAUAGCCUCGUUUACGAGGCGAACGUAAGGCUACGAGACCCGGUGUAUGGGUGCAUGGGUGCUAUUUCAGCUUUGCAGCAGCAACUUCAAUCUUUACAAGCAGAACUGAAUGCAGUAAGGUCUGAGAUAAUAAAAUACAAGUGUAGGGAAGCUAACCUUAUACCAUCUUCUUCCCAUGUAGCCAUGCUCUCACCCGGGGUUGUUUCGGUGGCUGCACCGCCACCGUCCACCACUCAACCACCACCUCUGCUACCGCCUCCUCUUCCUACGACUACCGUGGUUACUACUUGUUCCAUAUACACUCAACCCACCACCGCCGCAGACUAUAGCACCAUUUCAAAUGAUAAUGUUUCCUACUUUGGGUAAAAAA